AUGGAGCCUGCCGUGGGCCAUCUCGUCCAGCUGCAGGAUGGCACCCGCGGUAUCAUCCGGUUUGCUGGGCGGCCGCACUUCGCGCCUGGCGACUGGGUAGGCGUCGAGCUCGAGGCGCCCACCGGCAAGAACGACGGCAGUGUGCAGGGCGAGCGGUACUUUGACUGCGCCAUGGGCUAUGGCAUGUUUCUUCGGCCGAAGGCGGUGACGGUUCUUGGCGUGGCUGGAGACGGCGACGACGACGACCAUGACGACGAGGACGAAGAGGAGGAGGAGGAGGAAACGGAAGAAGCAGCACCGGCUCCACUUCCUGCACGACAGCAACCACAGCGACCGGCUGCGGCUGCGGCUCGGCCAUCGGCUGGCACGACCGGUCCGGCUGCGCGAAAAUCAACCGUGGGCAGCCGCCCAAGCAGCGUCUACACCGGCACCUCUGCCGGUACUCGGACCAGCAUGUCAGGAGACCCGGGGCUCACAAAACGGAUGAGCCUUAACGCGCCAAGUCCUAGCCCGGUAUCCCGGUCGCGUCCAUCAAGUAUAGCAAGGUCACCGACGAAAUCGCCGACAAAGCAACUUGCCACCGGCCCUUCGAGCACGGCGACCUCUCGAACCGGGACACCCUCCAACGCUGGCGCAGGUGCUGGUGGCCGACUGUCCUCUGUGACUUCGCGACCUCGCCCAUCAGUCGGCGGCACGCGGACAUCCAUGGGGCCCCCGGCAGUGCCUGCAUCACGAGGUGGCCGUCUGUCGACCACGUCCACGACAGCCGGGCGCACGAGUACCACAGCUCAAACACGCCUGGGAGCUGCGCGGCCAGGCGUAAGCAGUGCGACGACGUCUCGCGUGGGCCGCCGGCCGUCCAGCAUCCGUGCCGCGUCGGGAGACUCUGGCAACGAAAGCGCCGGCAGCAGCCGUCUGAACAGCGCACGGCCCACCCGCGGCAGCAUCGAUGGCCGAAUCAUGUCGCCCCAGAAGAGCAGCGACGACGAGGUGCUAUCGCCACAGCCGAAAAGCCCCGUGCAAUCAAGGGCCGCGGCCUUGGAGCGCCUCACGUCGGGGGCAUCCAAGGCCGGUGCUGCCGCAGGCGCUCGGCAGACAGCGGCGGCCAGCGCCAGCGCUGCUGCUGCAUCGGCCACCCGCCCCACUGCAUCGGCAGCGGCCGCACACCGUGAGAUUGAGGAUCUCAAGGCGAAACUGCGGGUGUUGGAGCGCAAGCGGCUGGAAGACCGUGACAAGAUCAAGCAGCUCGACAAGCUGAGCGCAGACUGCGAGAAAUACCAGGCGAUCAUCCAGAAGAUCCAAGCCAAGUACCAGCCUCAGCAGCAAGAGAAUGCCGACCUCCGCAGACAGCUCAAGGAGGCCGAGGGCCUCUUGGAGUCGGUGGAGACGAUGCAGGCGGAGCACGACUCUGCCAUGGAGCUGGCCACGCUGGACCGGGAGAUGGCAGAAGAGCAGGCGGAGGUGUACAAGGCGGAGCUGGAUGCUGUCAAGCUGAAGAACGAAGAGCUGGAGCUCGAGGUGGACGUGCUGCGCGGCGAGAAUGCCGAGUUCACCCAGGGCAUGUCGCCGGAAGAGAAGACCAGCGCCAGCUGGCUGCAGAUGGAGCGCACCAACGAGCGGCUGCGCGAAGCCCUGCUGCGCCUGCGCGACAUCACCCAGCAACAAGAGGAAGAGCUGCGCGACCAGGUGAAGCUGCUCGAAGAAGACGUCAAGGAGCUGACGGCGACCAAGGAGCAGCACGAAGCGACCAAAGACAAGCUCGCGCAGGCAGAGGCUGUCGUCGAGGACCUGCGGCAGCAGCUCGACGCGGCCCAGGCCGCCGACGACAUGAUUAUGGACCUCACGGAGCGCAACAUGAGCCAGGCCGAGCAGGUGGAGGAGCUCAAGGCCGUCAUCGAGGACCUGGAGAACCUCAAGGAGAUCAACGACGAGCUCGAAAUCAACCACGUCCAGAACGAACGCGAGAUGCAGGAAGAGCUCGACUUCAAGGCCGCCGUCAUCCAGGAGCAGGCGCGCCGCGCCGGCCAGCAGGAAGAGAAGCUCGAGGAGAUGGAGUACGGCCUGACACGGUUCCGCGAGGUGGUGACAAGCCUGCAGAGCGACCUGGAAGACAUGCGGGCGUCGCACGCGGUGACGGAGAACGAGUCGGAGCAGCUGAACAGCCGGUCGCGCGCCAUUAUGGACCUCAACAUGAAGCUGCAGCUGUCGGCGGCCAAGGCGCAGGUCAAGACCAUCGAUCUCGAGCUCCGGCGCAUGGAGGCCCAGGAGGCCGAGCAGCACCUGGAGAUUGUCAAGCUCUUCCUGCCCGACGCGUACGUACAGACCGACCGCAACUCCGUCCUGGCGCUGCUGCGCUUCCGCCGCCUGGCCUUCAAGGCGAACCUGCUCAACGGAUUCGUGCGCGAGCGCGUCAACCAGCCGGCGCACCCGGGCCACGAAGACGACGUGUUUGUGGGCUGCGACGUGGUGGACAAGCUCACGUGGGUGUCGGCCAUGUGCGACCGCUUUGUGAGCGCCAUCAGCCGCUGCUCGACGGACAACUUUGCCCGCUUCGACGGCGCGCUGUACGAGCUGGAGCCCGUCGAGCGCGCACUCAACGCCUGGAUCGACGGCCUGCGCCGCGACGAGCUCAAGGAGCAGACGUGUGCCGACGAGCUCCAGCGGUCCAUUGCGCUCAUGUCGCACUUGGCUGAAGUGCACCUUUCGCCUGCCGCCACCCAGCAGCAGCAGCAGCAGCAGCAGACCACGCCCAAGGCCAACGGCUUCAACAGUCUUCUUCACAACAACCUGAACAACAACAACAACAACAGCAGCAGUGUCAGCAUCGGCAACGACGAGGAGCAUGAGGGCCAGGACCUCGAGGGCUUUGCCGACAACCUGCAGAUGCGCGCCGUGCUCACGCAGAGCCACCUGGAGUCGGCGUCGAUUGCGCUGCACACGGCGCGCGGCAUGGUGCAGCGGGUCAUCCCACCGGCCGACGACGAGGACGACGCGGCACAGUACUUUGCACGCCGCGCGGAGGCGGCCAUUGCGCAGACGCGCAGCGCCAAGGUGGUGGCCAGCAAGGCGGUGCGGUCGCUCGAAGAGCUCAAGUCGCGGUCGCUGUCGCUGAUGCCGGACACGCUCGAGGCGUUUGAGCAGUGCGAGGCGGCGUCGCGCGGCCUGGCCGAGCUGGCCCGCCGCAUGGGCCUCGACCUGUUUGCGCUGCUGCACGAGGAGGGCCGCACGGCGCCGUACACGUACGCCGAGGUGCAGACGGUGGUGCACAACACGACGCUGGCCGCGGCCCGCGACACCAACACGGACGGCGGGUCGGCCGACGAGGACCUCUUUGCCACGUACCUGGCCAGGCUGCGUGCGGUGGCCAGCCAAGUGUCGGACGUGGCGGCGCUGUCGGGCGACCUGUCGCAGACGCUCGAGUUUGAGCGGCCGGCCGCGCCGUGGGUGGUGCGCGGCCAGGAGAUCAAGGCGUCCAAGACGGUGCCCGUGGACACCGAGGAGGAACUGCGGCGGCUGCGCGACGACCACGCCGAGGCGCGCCGUGUGAUUGCGCGGCGCGACAACGACCUGGGCACGGCGCAGCUCAAGAUCGAGACGCUGGAGAGCAAGAUGCGCGACGCGCAGAACAAAGCGUCGGUGAUUGCGGAGCUCGAGCGGGCGAUGGCGGCCGAGCAGGUCUUUACGAAGCAGCUCAAGGAGGACAUUGAGAAGCAGGACCGCGAGCUCAAGAGCCUCGAGGCCGACCGCGACCGCUGGAAGAAGAUUGCCAGCGACGCCAGCCUCCUGGCAGGCGCCGGCGUGGACGACAGCGCCGGCGAGGACGGCGAGUACGGCGGGCAGCUGGGCGGCGUUGGCGGUGUCGGUGGCCGGUCGGGCCACCAGGCAGCGGCGCGGCACUCCAAGGAGCGGGCGGUGGCCACGGCGCGCGAGAUGGAGGCCCUCAAGGCCGAGAUUGGCAGCCUGCAGGCGGCCGUGCGGUACCUGCGCGAAGACAGCCGGCGGGCCCGUCUGACGGAGCAGGCCAACCACGCCUGGCUCGCCGAGCCGCUGCUGCAAAAGAACCAGCGGAGACAGCCGCUCCAGCCAACAGCGGCCUCGCGGGCCCAGGCGGUGGCUGUCGAAGCACGCGAUGUGCUGGGCGAGCUGGUGAAGAUGGCCAGUGCCGCCCGCGUGUACGAUCUCGGCAAGCAGCUGCCCGCCGACCGUCUGGCGUGGCGCCCUGCGCACACGUCGCCCGGCUACCACGCUGCCAAGCUGGCUGAAGACUAUGCGGCCUGGAAGGGCUGGGAAGCGUCCGUGGCGCGCAAGGCACGAGAUGUGAGUAGCGGUGCUGGAGCCGACGUUGUGCUGAGCAAGCGUCUGGCGCGCAAGCAGCACGCAGCCUCCGCGCGGCGGCAGCAGAUUCGCCUUCCGGGAACGGCUGACGGCGGAGGCGAGGACAAGGAGAACAACCCUGCUGGUGGUAUCCGUGUUGUCGGCGAGGGAACGCAGUCGUGGUGGCGGCGACAGGUGCACACAGACGACCCAGUCUAUCGAGCCUAA